AUGGCUAUGAAACGCGCCCAUGAGGCUGACGACAAGAGAAAGAGGGAGCAGACCAAAAAGGCAAAGAAGCAGACGCCGAUAGCACAGACGAAUAUUAACGGUGAUGAAGGCAUUGAGGUGGAGGAACCAAAUUGCCAAGACACAGAUGACCAUGUUGACGAGGGCAACUCGGGCGAAAGUAGGAACAACUGCAGCAGUAGUGAGGAAGAAGAGGGCGACAAUGCAGGCGGCGUAAAGGACGGCAGCUCUAGUAGUAGUCAGGAGAGCAGCACAGGUGGCGAUGACAAGGAUAGCACUGAGGAUGAAGAUGGAAGCAAGGAUAGGGACAGGAGCAAAAGUCCUGGAAGAGCGCAAAAUCAUCGGCCGGGGACUCGCUCCCGAGAAAAGCUCAAUGGAGGCGCGAAGCAGCUCAACGCGACUGCUACCCCUUCUCGCAAAAGAAAAGCCAAUAACGAAAUGUCUGAGUCCUUUGGGCAUACGCAUCACCUUCACCCUGAGGACCCUUCUACAGCGGUGGUCACGGCGUCGUCCAAGACUGCAUCGCCCAACAGCUGCACUCCGACGUCUCGGUCGAUGGACACGCACUCAAGCUCCGGCGAGAGGAGCGAAGGUGACCAUUGCCAUACCCCCUAUAACUCUGCCAUCAUCUACUACAUCAAGCAGGCAGCUACCUGUGUCCAGUCUGACGCGACGCACGCUCAUUCUGCUGCCACUCUUGAUAACAAGGCUGCUGCCAAUAGCAGCUCCAGCACCUUUGCCACCCCCGUCCCUUUGCCGGUCCAGCAUGCGCCUAGAUACAUCAUGCCUGCUGCAACAUCUAACGCUAUUUGCGAGCUGCAGGAGUUUCUCGGCGAGAUAGAAGCCAGCCACCUCUUUGACUUCUUUGUCGCUGUUGGUGUGACUGAUCUUCAGAAGCUAGAAUCACUUGCUACUUUUUCGCCUGACGAAUGGCAAUACCUUGUCCACGAGUGUAAAACUAUCAGCCCUUACGACAGGGUGGUGCUUGUGCAUCGUUUGAAGCGACGUCGGCUGAGGGUUUGA